AUGGCUACAUUCCCAGCUGUGAGCGAGUACGAGGCCAAGCGUCUGCGCCGAAUCGCCGCAAACCACGACAAACUCCAGGCACUUCAGAUGCCGUCUCUAGCUCCCAUUUGUCCUCCAGUCAUUACGCGGAAAACGCAAAAACGACAAGUCCAGGAGCAGCGAUUCCAGGAGCCCCGACGCAAGUCGUUGCGGCAACGUAAGGAGCGCUAUGUGGAGACUGAGCAACUUAACCAGCGAUUAAUCGACGACCGAAAGAAGUGCACGCGGGUAGGGGAGAACGCGACGCUGAAACAGCUGGAACAAGGGAACCGACUUGUGAGACAACCAUUUGAAACCGUCGACCCUUCGAUAAUCGAUAGGAAUCAUAAUAAGAUUGAAGAGGUCGCGGACGUAAGGCAAGGGAACAUGGAUGACUUGCAGGACUUGGAACAGGAGCAGGGAAUCGGUAGUGUCGACUGGAGAGCGCGGAGAAAGGUGCAGGCUCGAGAAGAGAAGAGACGGGCGACGGUGAAGUUGCGAGAGGAGCGAAGCGUGCAGCGGGUGCGGGAGAAGAAAAAGAGGCACAAGAGGCAGCUGCAAGAACGGAAGAUUUGUCAGAGACAGAAGGAGAGUGUGCAACUUGCUCGACUAGUGGCUAAGGAGCUGGAGCUGCAGCGAAGGACGGAAGAAGGCGAGUUGAUGAGGAUGGAAGACCGUGCAGCGCGGCAAUUGGUGAAGCAGGAGGCAAAAGAGAGGAAACUGAAGCAGGUGGCGAUGAAAAAAGUUGAGUUGAAUGAACAGAUGCGCGCGGUUCUGGCGGGGAGGCUCAAGAGAGAACGAGAGAGGGAAGAGGAUCGAGACAAGGAGAUGUAUCCGGUGCGGAAACUACCUCUGCCUUUCGUGCACAUUGCAGACCGGAGUGAAGGACGCAGUACAAAGCCAGUGGUGGUGACCCCGUUGCUGAAAGUGGACGCGAACCUGUUCCACGCAUUUUCGUUGGGAAAGCAGUUUUUACCGCCUGGUCGACACUCUGUCAUGCAAGGUGUGUGUCCAGGAGGAUACACUGCAUCUUUCCGACACGAUGUCGAUGUUCAUGUCUGGAAGAACGCAAUGACGCUUUUUGUACACGGCACAACGGGGAUGUUUUAUCGCUCCAUGUUUGAAGAAAACGAGGUGCACGGUCGCACGUACGUUUCGUUCCGAUGGACUCGGUGUCAAGAUGUCACGCCGCUAGUCUUGUACCGCAUCUCCCAGUUGCAAAAAGGUGAAGAGUCCCUACGCGUUGACAAGAGCUAUGACGACCCGCUGAGUCGUCAUAGCUCUGAAAAGCCAGAGCCACUCCUGCUUUUCAUCCAGUAUCCCAAGGGUCCAUACAUUUACUGCGGACGACUCGGCUAUCUUGGUCAUCGAACCGAUCCGCUUGAGAUCUCCUUCCAGCUUCUCGAUGUCGACGCAUUGAACUGGAAACAGAUCACCACACUGAUCCUAUCAGGUUAA